GUCAAUGGUUAAGGAUAUUAUUCCCUCUGUGGUAAUUUUCAGUAUAAUUUUGCUGAAACUUGACACAUUACAUAUGGGUAAAACAUUUGAGUUCCUUUGAGUAGCACGACCGGGUUUUCCAUAUAUGUAUGAUAUAUGUUUUACAUAUAACAUAACCUGCAAAUUUAAGACAUGCUAAAGGAACAUUUUAUACAUUGUUCUAUUGUCCAGUAAGAUAUUUUUAUCACUAGAAGUGAAUUCAUGCUGUGUGUGCAUUGGUGAGGAUAUAUAUAAUAUAGCUAAUAAGUGGCAUAUUCAGCUUAUUCUUAAUGAACUCGCUUUAAUGCAAGAUUUGUGUGAUACUGCUGUUUAUUUAUGUCCCUUCAUUUUCUACCUUGGACGCAAGUCUCGGUGUUCAUUGCUGAUGAGGCUAGUGCAUAUGUCUAAAAAGGUGUACAUAUUUGUAAGCACAGCAGCUGAUUCUCAUCUAUGGAUGAUGUUAGUUCCGUUUUACAUUAUAUAAUACUACAAACUGUAUGAUGGGUGAUAACACCUAUUCAUCUUCUACAGCACAUCUAAUUAGAUUCAGUGCAGCUUACAAUUUUGGUAAGAUCAAUCAUCUCAUUCUGAUAUUUAUUGAAAUAGUAUUUUCAACAUCAGUUGAUGAUAAUGCUAAUAUGGAUGUCAUAAUUUGAAUAUGUUGAGAGCAAAUACUUCAUGCAUAUGUAUUGUAGGGUUAGAAAGUUUUGAUUGUUUGGACUUGUAGAAAGCGUGUUGAAAUUUGAGAAAUCCAGUAAGGUUUAUAGUUUGUGCAUUGGAGAUUUGCACUAAGUGUAAGUGACUUGCAGUUUUGUUUUGUUAACUAGUACAUGUUAACAUCCUCGUGGGUUGAAUCAUUGGUACAGUAACUUUGUGCACUCGCUCAGCAGACGCGUCGCGUCAGUGAUGAUGGCGGAUCAAACGUGCAAGGCGAUGGUGAUAGGACAUUCAUAUGUGCGCCGUUUGGAUGUUUAUUUGCAACGCCCAAGGGAUUGUGUUUUGGCCACACCGUGGAUUCUGUGAGUCCCUGUCAUACAUCGGCCCAGAUGGAGUACACCUGCUAUGUACAAAAGCCAAUGAUCAGCCCAUGAGGAAGUUUCUGCGGAGUACACGCAACGCCAUAAUUAUUAACGCCAAAGAUCUCAGGCCAGUAUAAACACAUCAAAAAUUAAAUGCAAACUUGAGUUAUUUUAGGCCUUGCCUAUGUAGGCCAUGGGUGUUAUUGGUGUUUGAAACACUUUAAAAAGCAUUCUUCAAUAUCUUCAAAGAAACAUUGGGUAUAAUGUUUAUUUACAUAAUUACAAAGAAGCAGUCGGUAUACUGUUUCAUUAUUAUUAGGAACAUUCAGUAUAAUGUUUACAUAUUACCAAGAAGCAUUCACUAUAAUGUUUCAUUAUUGCAAGGAAACCUUCAGUAUAAUGUUUUCAGAAUUACCAAGAAGCAUUCAGUAUAAGGUUUACAUAAUUACCAGGAAGCAUUCAGUAUAAUGUUUACAUAAUUACCAAGAAGCAUUCAGUAUAAUGUUUCAUUACUGCAAGGAAACAUUCAGUAUAAUGUUUUCAGAAUUACCAAGAAGCAUUCAGUAUAAUGUUUCAUUAUUGCAAGGAAACAUUCAGUAUAAUGUUUACAUAAUUACCAAGAAGCAUUCAGUAUAAUGUUUCAUUAUUGCAUGGAAACAUUCAGUAUAAUGUUUUCAGAAUUACCAAGAAGCAUUCAGUAUAAGGUUUACAUAAUUACCAGGAAGCAUUCAGUAUAAUGUUUCAUUAUUGCAAGGAAACAUUCAGUAUAAUGUUUACAUAAUUACCAAGAAGCAUUCAGUAUAAUGUUUCAUUACUGCAAGGAAACAUUCAGUAUAAUGUUUACAUAAUUACCAAGAAGCAUUCAGUAUAAUGUUUACAUAAUUACCAGGAACUAUUCAGUAUAAUGUUUCAUUACUGCAAGGAAACAUUCAGUAUAAUGUUUACAUAAUUACCAGGAAGCAUUCAGUAUAAUGUUUCAUUAUUGCAAGGAAACAUUCAGUAUAAUGUUUACAUACUUACCCAGAAACAUUCAGUAUAAUGUUUACAUAAUUACCAGGAAGCAUUCAGUAUAAUGUGUCAUUAUUGCCACGGAAACAUUUAGUGUGUGGUUGCAGAGUUAUAUAGAUAUAAACUAUUAGUAUAUAUCUGUCUAUAUUGUAAAGUAGCAGCAGGGCAGAGUGCAAGGCCUGUGCUAUAGAGAUACAUAAAAUGCAAUGUCUAUUACACUGAGAGGCAUUUCAGUAUGAUAUUCCAUUGUUAUCAAUUAACAUGAGUAUGAUUUAAAAGUAGGGAAAGGUUAGCGGUAUGACGCUACUAUUACUACAUAUUUCCCUGACACCUACUUAUGGUACUAUAUUUAUAUUCUUUGAUAACUAAAAGCAGCCUCCAGAUUUGGCAUUUAGUUUCUUUCUAUCAAGUUAUAUUAUCUAUAUAUUAUUGUGCCUAGAGGUGUUCUUUGGGCUAUUGAAUUUCAGUCAAAUUCAGUUAUCAUGAACAAUAGCCCUUGUUGCGAUGUACAAGUCCAUUUUAUUAUACAGGCGAACUGCUGGAUGUCAUGUGGUAUACUGUUUGGUGUUUACAGUAGUAUUAGUUUGCCAACUUUCUCUCUCAUCAAGUUUGUUGGAAGUUGACAUGCCCCUUUUUUCCUUGAUGCCCAGAUUUACUGUGGUUGAAAUAGAAUGGAGUCAACUUAGCCAAAAACAAUAUUUAGAAAUAAAACCAUGAUUGUGCUGCAAUGUCAUCAGACUGACUAAAAAGCUAUCUGCUGAAAUACGAUCGAUUUUCACAAUAAGCUAAACAAAGCUAUGUUGUAUACAUUGUGUAAGAAUAAUCAGAGAUAUAAUAUGUUGUAUAUGCCUCUUGAAUAAUAUACAUGAAAUAUAGAUCUACAGUAAACAUGUAUGAGUCGAUGCACGCUCGCCAGGUUGCGACACAAAAUUUUGGUCUAGUGUGAGCCCUGGGAACCCAUAGUGUGGGGGCUACCAAUGUCCUACCUGGACCACAGUCUGUCUCUCCCAUGGACACCCCCAACAUUUCUAAUGUGGGUUCGAUUUUAGAUGUAGUUUUCUCAGACAGCCCGGUUCCAAGCUCCAUAUUUGGAGCAGUAUCCCACCCCGGUUCCGGAACAUUUAUUGCAAAUUUAACUUCAGCAACAGCUCAUAUUCUGACAGCUUCCUUAACACAGGCAUCUCGAGCUGCAUAUAGGCGGUCUUGGGACCUAUUCCUGAAUUACAAACCAGUUACUAACUUACCUUUGCAAGUCUCUGAUGUAUGCAACUUCAUUGGACAUUUAUUUCAAUCCAAUUUGAGUGCAAGCACUAUAUCAUCACACAUAUCUGCUCUGGGCUAUGUCCACAAAUUGUUCAAUUUGCCAGAUCCUUCUCAAGCCUUUGUAGUAAAGAAACUUCUGCGUGGUUGUCACAAAUUGGCAGGGACUGUAGACUCAAGGCUACCGAUAACGAAAGAUAUUUUAGCAAAACUUAUUGCGGCUUUGUCUCAUACGGUUGCAGCAAAAGCCAACUGCAUAUUAUUAGAUGCUCUGUUUAAAUUAUGCUUUCAUGCAUUCCUUCGCCUUGGGGAAGUGGUUUCAAAAUCUGCAGGAAGUAGCAGUUUGGUGGUGCAGCGGUCAAAUGUCGCCUUUCAAUUUGAGGGUUCUUUACUGAAAUCAGUGCAGAUAGUUCUACAUCAUUUCAAAAAUCAGAAACAUAACAAUCCUUUUGUCAUUACACUUGUGAGCAGCAUAGAUCCAACAAUGUGCCCUGUGGCAGCUCUGCAUCGCUAUUUAUCACAUUUCAAGCAUUCUUCGGGACCCUUAUUCCAGUUCAUAGGGGAAAACCCUGUUACAUAUUCUUAUGUCUCCACUCAACUCUAUGCCGCUGCAACCUUUGCUGGUCUGAACCCAAAGUUGUACAAAGGUCAUAGUUUUAGAAUAGGUGGUGCUACAUAUGCCACAAGUCUGGGUUAUUCUGAGAAUCUGAUCAAACAAUUAGGCAGAUGGAACUCUAAUGCCUUUCGUCGCUACAUAAGAAUACCUGCGUUCAACCUUUAACUUAUUUUCUACCCCAUCCUCUGAUUUUUUUUUUUUUUACUUGGUAGUCAGGGCGCAUUCAGGUUCAGCAACAACCUUUGGCAGGUCAGUGUCUAACUGCUGCUAAAGACUGCAUCACUUGCGUGCAUAUAUCAAUUGAAAAUUUGGGCAGGUCAGUGUCUAACUGCUGCUAAGGACUGUAUCAAUUGACUGUUAUAUCAAUUUUAAGACUUCGAGCAGGUCAGUGUUUAACUGCUGCAAAAAGUUUGGUACUAUGUAAAUAUUUAAACAAAAUAGGUUUUUUGCAAGUUGGUAUCUGUUAUAUUUUCUUUGUAGUAAUUCUUUUUUGCAAGUUGUAGAGAAUUUUUUUUUCUGUUUUAUAUGCUACACAUUGGUACUGUAUACAUUGCUAUAUGUGGUUGGUGCAAUAUACCUUACUGACUCACUUAGUUACGCUAUCCUUUUAUACACAGAUAUGUCCAAAGUAUGUCUUGUUAUAUACAAUAUCCUUUAUGUUAUAGCACAGGAAUGUGUCAACUUUGGUAACCAUAUACACUGUUAAUUGCAAUCGGGUCAGUAUUUAACUGUUCAUGUGUGAUAAAUGUUUAUUAACUCUCCACAGUCAAACUAGUUAUUUCUCUCUGCUCACCUUGGAUGGCGCCGAUAUGAUACUGUGUUUCAUAUCUUGUGGCCUUAUUUGUUCGCCAUCUUUUUGCUCUGGGUUUGUUUUGAUGAAUUUUUAUUUGUCAUCUUAUAGCGUAGCAUUAUUUAAGUUACUUAUAGCGUAGCAUUAUUUAAGUUAUUUUGUCUUCUUUGGGGGAAAUCAGACUUUGAGUAAUUUAGCUUUGCAGGUACUUUCAUGUAGAAUGUAUUAUCUGAUUUCCCCCAAAAUCUUAUGUUGAAGAUUUCUUUCGUCAUUUGGUAUUGUAAUAAAUGACAAAUUUUCAAUCUCA